UACCCAUCUGCUUUUGAUAGAUCCCCCCCAAAUCGGAUGAGGCGAUUCCAUGUAUGAAAGAUAUAUCGACUAACAAGACUCCCUAGAGUCCGAUCCCCAUAUUGCCGUCGACUUACAACGGUCACAGUGACCUUUCAGUAAUAAUUACCUACCUAUUCAAGAGAUACCUAACAAUUCAAUGGGAAUCUCAACCAAGCUCUCCCACACACGAAUUCUAGACGACAUCUCUCAUACCCAUAUAUCGAUGCAUGGGCAACACCUUUAGCCACCGCCUAGGUUCCUGAGUUUGCCAGCUAUGAGAAGUGCUCAGGAGACCUUGUUGGAGGAGGGCAAUUGUAUUGGAUCAGGACCUUUAAUGGAUUUGGAGGAAUUGGAUCGUCAUCUAUCAAUAUUGGCUUCUUCGACGGAUAGUACUAAGACUCGACCCGCGGCCCUACUCGCGGAAUCGUGCACUUCACAAACCAACGCCGAACCAUCUACAAGAGAAACUCCCAGAACGGAAUCAGAAAUUGUCGUUCGAAUUGACGAUAUGGACAUUCGCGCGGGCAACACGGCGCCUACCUCCGUAUCACGAGAGGAUGAUUCUACCAUGUCUCAUCGAGAUCAAUCAGCGAUGAACACCUCAACGCUCCAUGGAGCUCACGGGAGUUCACUCGAGUCCCCAGAAUCUGCCGUCUCAGACCCCUCAGACUUGACAUCACUCCCUUCGACGUCGUUGGCCUCAAGUAAAGCGACGACACCGAUUGAUGUAGACAGAUCAGAAGCAUUCCCAAUCUACAGUAAUCCUAUUUCCGGGACAAAAAGACGAACGUUCCACACCCGACCGCGAAUAUCUAUUCCGACAGAUGUCGCUCCGUACGACUAUGCCAACCAAUGCAUAGCCGCGGCCGAGUCCUCUAAACUAAACCCUUACGCUUUACAUCAGGACGAGUACUUGAUGUUGCGACAUCACCUGAGCCACUUUCAGGUGACCACUUAUCUGAACAUCCGAAACGGCAUUUUACGGCUAUGGUUGAACAACCCUCGAGUCGGCGUCUCUCACAAGGAGGCUAUCGGAUGCGCGAAAGACCCCCGUUGGUUUGACACCGCUAAUGUAUGCUACGACUGGCUCGUCCGUUCUGGACAUAUCAAUUUCGGUUGUCUGGAACUUCCAUCCAAAGACCAACCGAAAAAGGCAAACCCGAGUAAGAAGGGGAAGACCAUUGUCGUCAUCGGCGCUGGCAUGGCCGGACUUGGUUGCGCGAGGCAAUUAGAGAACCUAUCUCGGCAAUACGCUGAACAAUUCCAAGAAUCAGGAGAGGAGGCUCCCCGGGUAAUUGUCCUCGAGGGCCGAAAUCGUGUCGGCGGUCGCGUGUACUCACGUGCUCUUGACGACAGCCAAAGUCAGCAUCUGAUCGGAUUUAAAGGUCGUCGGCACAGUGUUGAAUGCGGUGGCAUGAUCAUCACUGGGUUUGAACGAGGCAACCCAUUGAACGUUCUAGUCAGAGGGCAGAUGGGUUUGCCAUACUACGCUUUGCGAUCAGAAACUACACUUUACGAUUCAAACGGUAAGGCUGUCGACGAGGUGCGAGACCGUCUCGUCGAGAAGCUCUACAAUGAUUGCCUCGAACGAGUGAGCGACUACAAGUUUAAGAACCCACCAUCCAAGCUCAUCGAAGGCAACAGAGACCUGAUGGAUGAGGGCCGAGAUAGUUCGUCUGACGGUCAGAAGUCAAUUGCUCAGGUUGAAGAAGCUGCGGCUGCCCUUCCUCAGGCACCGCCGGUUUCGCAGCAGAGCCUAGGCCCAGAAGUAAGUCUCGUCCCCGUCUCUACGGACCGUGCGACCGGUAGGACACAUGUCGAACCAGGCACCCCAGCUGCAUUAAGGGCCGCCUAUAAAGCGCGCUUGAUGGGUUGGGCGCUUAAAGAUGGAGUGUCCGAAGAUCACGACUUAGACCUAGACGCAGCAGCCAAGGCUCCUAACGCUACCCUUGGCUCUGUCAUGGAUGAAGCAAUUACGCAGUACAAGAACAUCGUCGACCUUACUCCUCAAGAUUUUAGACUCAUGAAUUGGCACAUAGCCAAUCUUGAGUAUAGCAACGCUACGAAUUACAACCAACUCAGUAUUGGAGGCUGGGAUAUUGAUGCCGGCAACGAGUGGGAGGGUAAACACACUAUGGUGGUCGGUGGUUACCAAACUGUUCCUUGGGGUCUAGCAAAUACACCCUCGCGAUUAGACCUCCGAAAGAAGGCUGCCGUCAAGAAGAUAUCUUAUGACCCUGAAGGGUUAGGCGCUGCAUCUGUUGAAUGUGAGGACGGCUCUAUCAUUGAAGCGGACCACGUCGUUUCGACCAUACCUCUUGGAGUUUUGAAACACGGCAAUGUCGAAUUCAAUCCACCUUUACCGUCUUCAAAGAAGGAUGCUAUUGGUCGUCUAGGUUAUGGCAUCUUGAACAAGAUCAUUCUUGUCUACUCAGAGGCCUUCUGGGACACCAGUAGAGAUAUCUUUGGUUGUCUUCGUACACCAAACUCUCGUCAUAAUCUCAAGCAGACCGAGUAUGCCUCCCAACGUGGUCGCUGCUUCCAAUGGUUUAACGUAUCAAAUACAAGCGGCAUCCCCGUCCUCAUCGGUCUCAUGGCUGGUGAUGCUGGCUUUGAUACUGAGCAUACUAAGAAUGAUGAACUUGUUGCCGAGGCCACCGAAGUUCUUCGUAGCGUGUAUGGGGAUAAAGUCCCACAACCAGUCCAGUCUAUCGUCACACGCUGGGGUUCUGAUAGGUUUGCACGAGGCUCUUAUUCUUCUGCUGGACCUUCUAUGCGUCCGGAUGACUACCAGGAAAUGGCAAAGUCUGUCGGCAACCUAUUUUUCGCCGGUGAACACACUACUGAGACGCACCCUGCUACGGUGCACGGCGCUUACUUAACCGGCCUACGGGCAGCUUCGGAGGUCAUGAAUGCCAUGCUCGGACCCAUUGAGGUCCCUACUCCGCUAGUGUUGCCCAAGGACUUGAGUUCCCCUUUGCAACAGUCAUUGACGCAACAACCAUUGAAACGCAAAGAGCCCAGUGACGGCUCGUUACCGCCGUCUCCAAAAUCUACUAAACUAGUUCGCGUAGAUGCUUAUGAAAUUGCUGCUACUCAACAUGUCGUAGCGCAAAUCGGCGAGCGACCCUGGAGGCCUCAGAAGGUUGUCGCGAACGCUUAUAUGCUAUACAGCAAGAAGUUCUUCGAGACAGCGCGUAAGCGUUGCGAAGAAGGUCGACGACCGAAUAAGGGCAAGCCGUCGCCGAAUGAGGUUCGAGUCAUGACUAGUAAGAUGUGGAAAGAAGCCACUCCCGAGGAGCGAAAGCCCUACGAAGAGCAGGUCGCUGAAAUGAAGCAAAGGUUCAACGAAGCGGUCAAAGCUUGGGAAGAUAAAGUUAAGGAGUGGGAUCGCCGGAAUGCUGAGAUCAGAGCGGAGUAUGAGAAGGAGCAUAAACCCGUGCUUAAAGAUGAUGAGGGAAGUCCUGCUAGUGAGAGUGGACGCGAGAGGCGGCGCGCGAAGGUCAGCAAUUAUGCUGAGAGUGAGGGGAGUGAUGUCGACUUGGGCUCGUGAGACUACAGCAUCGGCGCGGUAAUCUUGCAUCAGCCUUGAAGUUUCAUGCUCUUGAAUCAGAGCAUACGAUAUGGAAGUCAUCACCAAAGAGGAUACACCGGUUGCAAGGAAAGAAGGUGGUGUACAAAAGCUUCACAAGGCGCUUUUUUAGAUCUAUUAUUUUUGUUUUGUUUUUCCUCGUUUCUGGCACCGAAACGUAUAGGAAGGAUGGGGGUUCAUCAUCAUAUUCAUCUAGGCGUAUGGAAGGGGUCUUUGCAUCACAAGUACAUAGUCAUAGGGUGAGAAAGGGGGGCGUUGUGGUGGUGUAGCAUGGGUUCUUUGCUUAUCUGCUUUUUUUGCUUCGUUACGGCGAAGAGUUAAAUAUCAGUUAGGUGCCUGGCUAGAUGCUCCUCGCGGAGAUGGGCUGGGCUGAAAAAGCGAAAAUACAUAUAAAGUUAAUUAA